GCUCGAGGACACGGAAUGGAGACAGAAGGGAGCCAGAGCAGCCUGUCCAACGCGGACUCUCCCCACGACCCCUGUAAAAUGUUCAUAGGUGGACUAAGCUGGCAGACAACACAAGAGGGUCUGAAGGAGUACUUCUGCAAGUAUGGCGAAGUGAAAGAGUGCAUGGUGAUGCGGGAUCCAGUUACUAAGCGUUCGAGGGGGUUUGGAUUUGUCACUUUUGUUGACCAGGCCGGCGUGGAUAAAGUUUUGGCUCAGAGCAGGCAUGAGCUGGACUCAAAAACAAUUGAUCCAAAAGUGGCCUUCCCUCGAAGAGCUCAACCCAAGCUGGUGACUCGAACUAAGAAGAUCUUUGUGGGCGGCCUGUCAGUGAACACAACCAUCGAGGACGUCAAACAAUACUUUGACCAGUUUGGAAAGGUCGACGAUGCUAUGCUCAUGUUUGACAAGACCACAAACAGACAUAGAGGAUUUGGGUUUGUGACGUUUGAGAAUGAAGAUGUGGUUGAAAAAGUCUGCGAAAUUCACUUCCACGAGAUCAACAACAAAAUGGUGGAGUGUAAAAAAGCCCAGCCCAAGGAGGUGAUGUCUCCCACAGGCUCAGCUAGGGGACGCUCUCGGGUUAUGCCAUACGGUAUGGACGCCUUCAUGCUGGGCAUUGGCAUGCUGGGUUAUCCAGGCUUCCAGACUGCCACUUACACCAGCCGGAGCUAUGCAGGCAUCACUCCCGGAUACACCUACCAGUUCCCUGAGUUCCACUUAGAGAGGACUCCCCUUCUGACUUCACCCCACCCCCCUGAGCUCACAGCCAUUCCUCUUACAGCAUACGGACCGAUGGCUGCAGCAGCAGCGGCAGCAGCAGUUGUCAGAGGUUCCACUCCUUCUCGUUCAGCUGGAUUCUUAGGUACAAGCAGCCCAGGUCCAAUGGCUGACCUUUAUGGAACAGCCAGUCAGGAGUCAGCUGUUAGCAGUUACCUCAGCGCUGCCAGCCCCGCACCAAGCACUGGAUUCAGCCACAGUUUGGGGGGCCCUUUGAUUGCAACAGCCUUCACUAACGGCUACCACUGAGAGUUGCAGAACUGCAGACUGAGAGCUGGAAGGAGUAGAAGCUGCUCCAGAGCUGAUCUGGCCCGUCUCUCUCAGUGAUGACUGAACUUUCACCCCACCGGUCCUUGUAUCAGCCACAUCCAGCCGAAUAAUCUGAUACUUUAAACCGACAAAUAAAAAAAUAAAACAAAAAAAGUAAGAAAACUUUGCAAAACUUGGGAAAAAAACAUAAAAAAGCAAAAGAAACAUGUCACUUCACACAACAGCACCACAUUGAAAUCUUUUUUCUUUGCGCUUUUAUUUUUGUCAUGUUGGCUGGGUUUGUUUCUUCUGUUUUCAUGAUGACUGUCUGUCAGCAUUUGUUUUAACUGUUUCUUGGGUUAUUCGACCUUUCCAACCUCAUCUCUGAGAUACACUGCAUCUCUGAGGAGUCCUGCUGGAAGCCUGGGGCCUGGAGCUAGAAAAUAACUGGAAAACAAUAUUUAUCUCUAGUUCAUACUUAAUUUUGACAUUUGGUAUUAAUUCUAUUUCUUGAAAAUAUGUCAUGAAUUGUAUAUCUUGUUAGUUUUCAACAAUAACUUGCUACUCUAACACCAGUCAGACAAGAUGGUCAUUAGUUUCUCAACUAGUCCUGGCAAACUGUACAAAUUUUGUAAAAUAUUGUAAAUAGGACUGGUUUUGGCGUGGCAGGGAUCUGCUAAAGUUUGUGUCCGGGAGGCUGAAUACUUUUUAAGUGGUAUGAUUACUUAGUCAUGUUUUAAAGCUUGACUGUUACAUAUUAAAGUCCCAGCUGGAGGUCGAGGACAUUUUGAUUUGUCUGUCUAUGUUAGACCAGCUAUACACUGUAUUUCUCUUCAGGCAUCUGGGAAUCAUGUGUUCUGAAAAUCAGAUGCUGUCUUUUGGGGAGUGUAAAGACGCUCCUCGUUCAGCAGAGGAGGCAGGCUUUUGACGCUGUUCUCGUUAUACCGUUUUCAAAUGUGCUGAUGAUUUGUGAAGGAACUAGAGGGGUUACCUUGCAGGGUCUGUCAUGCACAGUUCAUGGCUGAAUCCCUCUGUAGGGUGUGUUGAUCUUCGAGCAAGAUUGUCAUGUUUUUAAACACAUUGGUUUUCAAUGUGCCAUGUGCAGAUUUUUUGCAAAUGGUUCCUCGGUUAAAAAAAAUGUGAAUUGUACUUUUUUUUUUGUAUGUCAGAGUGUGGAUAGGUAAACCUUUCUGAAACCGGCUCCUCCACACAGGUUACUCCCACCCUUAUCCAUUACUGUAUAUCCACUGGAAGUCACAGACUGAAGCAAUGUGACGUCUCUUUGUAGACCAAACCAAGAGUUACUGAGAUGUGACACUGCCUAAUUACAAAUAAAUGUAUUUUUCUUAAAGACAACAGCUUAAGAACAAAAGUACCCUCAAUCUGCAAACACCAGGUUUUAAAUUUUGAUACUAUCACUGCUGCAGAUGUGUCAGACUUUGAUGCUGACUAAUAACAACCUUGUCAACACUGUAACAUUUAAUGAUUUUCGUUUUUCCUGUCAUGGUUUUCUUAUGAGGGGGAAAAACUUUUUAAAAUUCCUAAUAAAUUAUUCCAAAACAUUCCAA